UCUCAAAGGCUACCCACAACCGCUACGCUAGUCUCCCAUGCACCACUAAACAAGCGACCAAAAUCAAUCUCCAUCACCGUCAGGGAUUGGCUCUCUUUCGGGUCUUACGGGGCUGCCUACGGAGGUCAAGAAUCCGCUGUCAAAAUUUAAUCUUGUAGGGUUUUUGCAGGGUUUCUCUUUAUCCCCACACAACCCAGUGUUGGGUGGCAGAGAGGAAGAAGAAGAAGAAGAAGAAGAAGAAGAAGGGCAGGGUGAAAAUGGGGUCUCCUAGAAAUGGAGCAGGGAGAGGAGAGGCCAAGGAAGAAGGAGAUGACGAAGACGAAGAGCCCAUACUGAGAGAGCAGAACCAGAGGUUCUGUAUGUUCCCAAUUCGGUAUAAGCAACUGUGGGAGAUGUACAAGAAGGCGGAAGCCAGUUUUUGGACUGCCGAGGAAGUUGAUCUAUCCCAGGAUGUCCAGCAUUGGCAGAAUUUGACGGACUCAGAGAAGCACUUUAUAAGCCAUGUGCUCGCCUUCUUUGCCGCAUCCGAUGGUAUUGUCCUCGAGAAUUUGGCAGCGAGAUUUCUAAAUGAUGUCCAAAUCCCCGAGGCUCGAGCAUUCUAUGGCUUUCAAAUUGCUAUGGAGAAUGUACAUUCGGAGAUGUACAGUCUACUUCUUGAGACAUAUAUCAAAGAUUCGAGGGAGAAGGAUCGGUUGUUUAAUGCAAUCGAAAAUAUCGAAUGCGUUGGUAGGAAGGCUAAAUGGGCAUUUAAUUGGAUUCAGAGUGCAACUUCUUUCGCAGAGAGACUGAUUGCUUUCGCAUGUGUUGAAGGAAUCUUUUUCUCAGGAAGCUUCUGUGCCAUUUUCUGGCUCAAAAAGAGGGGACUGAUGCCGGGCCUAACAUUCUCAAAUGAGCUUAUUUCUCGGGAUGAGGGCCUCCACUGCGACUUUGCUUGCCUUCUCUACAGUUUGCUGCGGAAGCAACUAGACUGGCAAAGGGUUCAUCAGAUUAUUCAUGAAGCAGUCGAAAUCGAGAUCCAGUUCGUCUGCAAGGCGCUCCCCUGUGCAUUGAUUGGCAUGAACUCAACUCUCAUGAGCCAGUACAUACAGUUCGUUGCCGACCGCCUCUUGGUGGCCUUAGGCUACGAGCGCAAAUACAACGUCGAGAAUCCUUUCGACUGGAUGGAAUUCAUAUCAUUACAAGGGAAAGCGAACUUCUUUGAGAGGAGGGUUGGUGAUUACCAGAAGGCUUCUGUAAUGUCAUCUCUGCAAGAUGGUGGCAAGAACUUUGUCUUCAAGAUCGACGAAGACUUCUAAGCCAUGGCAAAAAACCGUUGCUACUGCCUCUGUAGCUAGAAGAUGAUAAUCAUUGGACACUCACCAUUCUUUUUUGUUACCAUCUCUAUGGUCGAUUUGUUCCUGCAGCACGGGUAUUCAUACAGUGACUAAAGUACUCGAGCCAUGCAUGGAACAACGCAAUAUAUGUAGAAGCAAAUCGAAUAUCUUGUUCCAGAUGGUAAUUUCAUUCCACUUUGUUCCUGCUUCUUCGUACAAAACAUGACAGUAGAAUGGCUGAUGGAUUUUCUCAUAUGUUAAAACACUUUGCCGAGGAGUUGCUUUCAGAUUAUGAACAACUUGCAAUGGUUGUCCCUGUCUAGGAAACGUUUGUGAAUUUCAAUUGCAAAUUUUAUAG